AUGAAGUCGCCAGUAUACGCCGUUCCAUAUCCACAAGGUCGUACAAAACCACCUGCUGAAACCUCUGAAGAAAUAAACAAUGAUAUACAAUAUCCGAUCCUCGAAAAACUAUCAAUAUUCAAAAACAUCGUAUCGAACAGAAACAAAAAGAAAGAAGAUACAAAUCUUGCCCUUAAACCUCAACUACACCCAGCACACGAUACAUCACUGCAACAUCCAGAGAGAAAGAUCGAGAAGAAAGAUCAGGCGAAACUGCCCGAGAAAAUACCAGAAUUUAAACCGACACUACCUGAUAUAUUUCUUAACCAACACAUAAAACUAUCCGACGGGUAUUUAACUGAUUUUAAACAUGAUGAUUACGAAGAUUAUUAUAACGAUGAAAAUCUGUACGAUGACUAUAUGCAGAGCAAUUCAAUGACAAGUUAUUUGAUUGAAAAAGUGCAAGAACUACACGAUUGGCUAACUUCGGACGCCGAUUUUGAGACUGGCAAAAAUCGCGAGGACAAAAACGAGUUUGGACAAGUCCUAAAAGCAUUAAACGAUAGUCUAAUUGAAGGGAAUAUAACAAUAAUUAUGAGCAAAUUGAGGGAUAUGUAUUUCGGCGAUCGUAAUUAUACUUUUGACAAUAGCAGUCGGAAAAUAAUCUUGACAAACAGCACCAGUUUACUUUCGUUUGGUAUUUUGACGUUGGAUGUCAUGCUUCUACAUAAUAUUCAAGAGAUGGCGUGGGAGAAUCAGGAAGGUGCUCGGAAUAAGAUGUUAAAAGAUCCAGAUGUAUUCGCUUUCAAUGCAUUAUUCAUGGAGCCAAGCAAAGUAGAAUCCAAGAGGAACGAAGGUUUUCAACCAGUGUAUCCAAAACGCCAGAACCGCCAAGAAGAUAACUUCGGUAUCGAAAAGAAUCUUCUAGAAAACGUUCUCGAAAUAGGAAUGAGUACAGCAAGAGCCGCCAUACAGUUGGGGAAGGCGUAUAAAAAUACUAAGUUAAUUUUAAAUCAGCUAACAAACAGAGAAUCGUUGAGUGCCAACAUUCAGAACCAAAUGUCGCGUAAUUUAGAUGCCAACACACACGCACUGAAUCACCUGCAAACAUCUUUCAAACAUGACAACUCAAGUGUUGGUAGCGCUGAUGAAAUACACACGGACUUAGAUUGUGUAUGGAUGUUGUAUUGCAAGAAUUUAGGAGCCACGGCUAAAUUGAACGCGCCUUACGGGACCAUGGCAAGAAUUAAUGGUUUGGCACUCAGGAUGCUGGCUGGAGAAAUCUCAACAGACCGAGCGUUGGAUACAAUGUUGUACGAAGUUCUGACUGGCUGGACGGAGCUGAGAUGUCAUGAUAUGUUUCCAAGAUGCAGCAAAGUGGACGCGGCCUCGAUAGUACUAGAUUCGAUAUUACAACCUUUAAGAAAAGGACAGAUUAGUAAUAAGUUCUUAUAACAUUUAGUAAUAAAUUAUUUACAAUAAGUUAAAAAAUUAAUAGCGGAUGGGUUUGGAUGUGUGCUUCGCGAAAAGACAUUUAAAAAUAUAGACCAAUAAUAACUAGGCGAUUAAACCGCACAGCGGUCAAGUGACCUCUACUAACAAAAUGACGUUUGAUGCGCGUUCAGUCGGCAUUCAGACAUAGAACGUGAAACGCAAGACGAAGAGCGAUAUUUAUGCCUUUUCGUGGUGUAAAAAUCGAAUUGUAGUUCAAAUCUAAGCUCACUGUAACAUUACCUUUAGCCGGUAAGUACAAUUGACUUAGAUUACUUAAUAAAUAUAAAAAUUAACACGUCGUAUAUUAUUGUGUAUAAUCCGACCAAAUUAUGAGAGUUGCAAUAACACAAUUAUCAUUAGGUCGUUAUUGACGCGUUAUACCGCUUUUGGCGGGAAGCGAUAUGAUUGGUCAAUUAUAAUCGCGUCAUGGACGCCAAGCCCAUAUCCCCGCAGACUCGGACUGCAUAGUAUUAGUUGUAUUGUCGUUUGUAUAUCUUUAAAUGUCUUUGCCUUUUCCCUUCCGUUGUACAACAUCUUCCCCAGACUAACUCCUUCCCAAUUGACAGAAUGGUAUGUUUUAAUCAUUAACAUUGGUCGUUUUCAAUAACCUAUCUAUCCUUUUACGUUUACUUACAUUUCAAUAAACUAUCGACAGAGAGCAUUGGACUAUAACUAAUAAUAUAACUAUAUUGGACAUAACUAUGGAUAAAUUAGAUCUUAUCAUUAAACGGUGAUAGCUGAUAGCAAUGUAUCCGUAACUAGUGAUACGUUAUUGAAAACGGCUGUUAGUAUACGAGAGUAAAGUCAACAAGGUUUAUGGUUGUAAUGCAACUUACCGGUGGGAGGCUCCUUUGCACAGUAUGCUGGCUAGAUUAUGGGUACCACAACGGCGCCUAUUUCUGCCGUGAAGCAGUAAUGUGUAAGCAUUACUGUGUUUAGGUCUGAAGGGCGCCGUAGCUAGUGAAAUUACUGGGCAAAUGAGACUUAAUAUCUUAUGUCUCAAGGUGACGAGCGCAGUUGUAGUGCCGCUCAGAAUUUUUGGGGUUUUUCAAGAAUCCUGAGCGGUACUGCAUUGUAAUGGGCAGGGCGUAUCAAUUACCACCAGCUGAACGUCCUGCUCGUCUCGUCCCUUAUUUUCAUAAAAAAAAACUUGGCAAAUUAACCGCAGUUUUUUUUUUCAAGAAAACAAUUAUUAAACGACACAGUACUAUCCAGUGAAAGUCCGCACCACAGAUUACUUACAGGGUGUACCGAAAUGAUAUAAUAGAACAUUGAUUUAUUUAUUUAAUUGAAUUAAUUAAUUUUAUUUUUGAAUUGAGUGUUUCACAAAUCAUUCAGUAUAAUGUUAUAAAGAAAUUUAAAUAUACUCGAAUAUGCAUUUAAAACUUAUGUAUUGUAGUAAGUUAAGAUACAAUUAAUGUUGAGGCUAGAUAAUGAAAUAUUAGACGUAUAGUUAAGAUAUUCAUAAGUUAAAAUAUACUAGCGUUUAGACGACCCGAGAGCCUGAUAAUUUGUAAUGAGACAUGGAAUAACUUACCAAUAGGUGUGUCGUUGUUUACUAAAAGCAUAUCAAAGUUUUACUUUAAUAAAUAACAACAUUUACAUUAAACACUAACAAUAGUUACAUGAAACACUGAUAAAAACAAAGAAAAUAGCGUGGAGCACUGGAACAAAUGAGUAAUAGUCUAUACACUACACCAGAGGUGCUCAAACGGUCGAUAGGGAUCGACAGGCCGAUCGCGAGUACCAUUUGAGUCGAUCUCGAGAAAAAAAUCUUGUAUAUUAACUAAAAUCGGUAAUUACGUUUUUUUAUUUACCAUCUUAUGAAAAGUAUGCUCAGGACAUGCAGUGUCAUGCAGAUUCAACAUCCAAAGUCACUAUUUAGUUAAGCUUAGAACUUUAGAACGCGUUUGUUUUGUAAGAACCUUUGACAUUUAAGAGCAGACCUACACUUACCUUGACGCAAAACUAAUAUCUAUGUCAUCGUGACACUCUACCUAGACGACAAUCCUUGAUCACACAUACUUGAAGCCUCUCAGAGCCAAUCGAUCGUAGUCUAACAAUUUUGAGGUAGAUCGCCAGCAGUUCAAGCUUGAGCACCCUUGCCGGUCAGCUGCUGCGAACUAUAGGCGCCGCCCGACUGUCACGCGACAUGCAACACACAGACGAAAACGGUUCAGACUAUGUAAUAAAAGUUUCACUUUAAUAAUAAAUAUUAACUAUCCUGUCAAUAGGAAGUGUACGACUUGUCAUUCAAAAUCGGUUAGUCACAAUAAAUUCCCUUUCCAUUUCUUCCUCGUUCUAUCUCCGUUAUAGGUAUGUCCUUCUCUUUUACUCGCUUUGUUCGUCUACUCGCUGGUAUAUUGUAAGUUUAGGAUUACAAGUUACGACCUAGGCUUAAGUAUUGACCUAGACGCGACCUUAUUAAGAGUUAAAAAAGAUUUGCCACAA